CCUUCAAUAAAGCAAAGAACAGAAGAAAACCUCUCUUUGAUUGUUUUUAUUUUUUUGGUUCUUUUGCAAAAACAACAAUGGACGAAAGAUUUUCUUCAUCCCUUGAUAACACCCUCCUUGACAUCAUGCAAGACAUGGUAGACCAAUUCACAGAUGAAGUAUCCGACACCAAACACCAACCCAACAACCCCUCUCGCACCUACGUGCGUGAUGCUAAAGCCAUGGCUCGAACCUCGGCCGACAUCAAAGAUCUCCCGAAUGCAUACAUAUUUAUCGUUGAUAUGCCGGGGGUUAAGCCAGCCGAGGUAAAGGUACAGGUCGAGGACGAUAACGUACUCGUCGUACGCGGCGAGCGGAGGAAGGAGAAAGAGAAGGAUGGAGUGAAGUAUGUGAAAAUGGAAAGGAGGGGUGGAAAGUUUAUGAGGAAGUUUGUGUUGCCUGAGAAUGCUAAUACUGAGGGUAUUACUGCAGUUUGUCAAGAUGGAGUGUUGACUGUUACUGUUGAGAAGUUGCCUCCUCCUGAACCUAAGAAACCUAAGACUAUUGAGAUUAAGGGCGCUUAAUUAUAAGGUUGUGAUAAUAACGUUGUUCAGAUGUUUUGAGUGAUGUUUUUGUGUUGUGGUUUGAGAUUUUGUUUAUGUAGUGAAUUUUGUACUGUGUUGCUCUAACUUGUAAUAUAAUUAUGCGUUUAAGCGUUGUAGUUCAUAUCAUUUUCGUGUAAGGUAUGGGGUUAGAAUUUUCGUAUAAAGUAUAAGGUAUGGGGUUAGAAUAAGUAAAAAUUUAAGAUAUGGGUUUUAGAAAUAUAAAGGGGGUUGGAUAUGACACAUAUCAAUGUUUUUAGGUACAUUUUUAAAUAAACAUAUAUAUAAUAUUAGAUAUUAAGUA